CCGCUGCCGCUGCUGCCACCGCUUCCCGGUCCCCGCUCCGGCCGCAGCCGCCGCCCGCCCCGAGCCCGGCCGCGCCAGGCACCAUGAGCGGCUCCGGCCCGGAGGCGCCGCAGCCCAGCGAGGCGGCGGAGGCCCGGCUGCAGGAGGCCGAGCAGGACUGGGCGGCGGCCAAGGCGUUCUACGACAACCUGGUUACCAAGAAACCCCGGCCGCCCAAGCCCCAGAACGCCAUCACCGUGGCCGUCUCCUCCCGAGCCCUCUUCGACCUGGUGGAGGAGCGGCGGAUCUACCAAGAACAGGGGGUGGAGAAGUACGUGGAGUACCAGCAAAACAAUGAGAACGUCACCCUCAAGCCUGGACCGGCGUUUUACUUCGUCAAGGCUCUGGAGCAUGUCAAUGCCCGGCUUCUUGAACUAUACCCUGAUGAUGAAGAACGAUUUGAUAUCGUCCUGAUGACUAAUAACCAUGCCCAAGUGGGAGUGAGGCUCAUAAACAGCAUCAAUCACUAUGGCUUAACAAUUGAACGUUUCUGUAUGACGGGAGGACAAAGCCCUAUUGGUUACCUGACUGCAUACCUUACAAACCUGUACCUCUCAGCAGACUCUGAAAAAGUGCAAGAAGCUAUAGAAGCAGGCAUUGCAUCAGCUACAAUGUUCACUGCCAACAAAGAUGUUUCUUACUCGGAUACACAGCUGAGGGUGGCAUUUGAUGGGGAUGCUGUUAUCUUUUCUGAUGAAUCAGAACAGAUUGUCAAAGAGCAAGGAUUAGAUAGAUUUUUUGAACAUGAACAGCUGAAUGAAAAUAAGCCUCUUGCACAGGGCCCUUUGAAGGGUUUUCUGGAAGACCUGGGGAAAAUUCAGAAGAAGUUCUAUGCAAAAAAUGAACGAUUAAAUUGUCCUAUAAGGACCUACCUGGUCACAGCCAGAAGUGCGGCGAGCUCUGGAGCCAGAGUGCUGAAGACUCUCCGUAGCUGGGGCCUGGAGAUUGAUGAGGCACUUUUCCUAGCAGGAGCUCCUAAAGGACCAAUCCUGGUGAAAAUCCGCCCUCACAUUUUCUUUGAUGACCAGAUGUUCCACAUUGAAGGAGCACAGAAAUUAGGCACCAUAGCUGCACACGUUCCCUAUGGCGUUGCUCAGAAGUACAACAAAUCUUCAUGACUAGAUGACACCAUUAAUGAUAAAGUUCUUAACUCAGCCAGCCUCUUAAUAAACCAAUAGUUAUGUCUGAAAACCCCUACAUAUGUGUAUUGUAAGCACUAUGUUUAAAAAUUCAACUUCUGGCUAGAACAGCCUUUAAAAGAAAUAUUUUUAAUAUAGGUAAGUUUUUAAUGGAGUUAUUUUAAUAUAAUUCUUAAGCAGUUUAGAUUUUUUACCUGUCUAGAUCUAACACUGUGGUUUUGAUAUUAGGAAGAGAUUUGUACUGUUUUUAUAGCUUGAGACAUAUUUUGAGAGACAGAACAGUUAUAUUUUCUCUAAAAAACUGUUGACGGGUUAUUUAUAAGAAAACUCAUGCUGCAAUGCUAGUUCUUGACAGUCAUUUCUGAAGUUCACAAAAACACAGUUUACAUAUAACUGUUUACCUGUUGUGGUUUGCUUGUUAAAUAUGUGUUCAGUAGGUCUGUCACCACAAGGUUUCAGCUUCCAGUAAAAUGUUAGCUUACUUGAUCUUGUGUUUACACAUUUUUCUAUAUGAUUUUCUUACCUUAAUAAAGCUGGCUUUACAGAA